AUGACAGGCUCGCCAGCCCAGGCUGCGCAGCACCCGGCACCUCCCGCGCUGCCGGCUGCCUCCGCGCUCGUGCCCGGCCAGCUGCCAAUCCCGGUGUCUGGCAACACGAUGAACUACCAGCACUCGCCGAUCCCUGGCAACCCGACGCCGCCGCUGACGCCGGCCGCCGGGCUACCAUAUCUGAGUCCCGGGGCGGAUGUGAAGCCGAGCCUGAUGCACCUCAACAGCACCAAAGACGACGAGCUGCGGCUAACGUUUCCGGUGCGGGACGGUAUCGUGUUGCCGCCGUUCCGGCUGGAGCACAACCUGGCUGUCAGCAACCACGAGUUUCCCCUGAAGCCGACGGUGCACCAGACGCUGAUGUGGCGGUCGGACCUGGAGCUACAGCUCAAGUGUUUCCACCACGACGACCGCAACAUGGACACCAACUGGCCGGCGUCGGUGCAGGUAUCGGUGAACGCCUAUCCGCUAAACAUCGACCGCGGCGACAACAAGGGCUCGCACCGGCCGCUCAACCUGAAGGAGUUCUGUCAGCCGGGCCGCAACACCAUCCAGAUCACCGUCACCGCCUGCUGCUGCUCGCACCUGUUCGUGCUGCAGCUGGUGCACCGGCCCAGCGUCCGCAGCGUGCUGCACGGCCUGCUGCGGAAGCGGCUGCUGCCGGCCGACCACUGCAUCAACAAGAUCAAGCGCAACUUCAGCUCGUCGACGCUGAGCGGCGCUGGCGGCGGCGACGGCGACGGCGUCGAGCAGACCGCCAUCAAGAUCUCGCUGAAAUGCUCCAUCACGUACAAACGGAUCACGCUGCCGGCCAGGGGCCACGACUGCAAGCACGUGCAGUGCUUCGACCUCGAGUCCUACCUGCAGAUGAACUGCGAACGGGGCGCCUGGCGCUGUCCCGUCUGCAGCAAGCCGGCGCCACUGGAGGGGCUUGAGGUGGACCAGUACAUCUGGGGCAUCCUGAACUCGCUGCAGAACUCGGACGUCGACGAGGUCACCAUCGACGCCUCCGCCAGCUGGCGGGCCAGCAACGGCGCCACCGUCAAAAAGGAGGAGGAUACCCUGUCGGAAGGCAUGAGCCAGUGCAACAAGCAGCGGCUCAAGGCCAUGAGUCCGGCCUCCAUGCAGAUGCCCACCAUGUCCAGCUGGGAGGGGGCGCAGAGCAUGUCCCCCUACUGUCCGCCGGACAUGACCAGCAUCAACAACGGCUCAAUGAUGCCGUACUCGGCCGCGGGCGGCGCCACCGGCGGUGUGACGUCAUACACGGGCAACGCCGAGCCGGACGGCAGCGCGCUCAGUCAGCUGACGGACUCGGUCCAAAAUCUGGACCCCCUCACCGCCAUGGAGAAGAGCAUGCAGGAAACGAUGGGCGGCCUGAGCGGCGGCGGCAGCUCGUCGCUGGCGCCGUCGUCAUCAGCCGGCCCCGCCGCCAGCCUACCGCUUCCCCAGACGCCGCACACACCGCACACACCGCUCACCCCCGGCUCGUCAGCCGCGCCCUCCUCCAAUGGCUCGUCGGUGGUCACGUCGUGCGCGCCGUCCGGCGAGGCGCCGACCAGCAGCGCAUCUGGUGGCGGCGAGCCGCAGCUGCCCGACCUCAGCGGUCAGCUGACCUUUGACCCGGCCGACAUCGCCGAGGGCGACAGCCAGGGUGGCCCCGAGGCGCUCGACCAGCUGUACACGGACAACAGCGUGGACCCCCUGGACCUGCUGUCGUUCCUGGACCCACCCGACCUGGCCACGCCGCCCAGCAGCGGCGGCUCGGCCCAGCAGGCCGCCGCUGGUGCUGGUGACGUCAGCGCCAGCACCAGCGCCACCGCCGAGGAGAUCCUCAGUCUGUUCGAGUGAGCAGCCGGCCUGGCGGUCCGUGUUCGAGGCGUAGGUGGCAGACUCUGGCUCGGGGCGUGACUCCGCGGCGGGCGGCGUUGGAUUGGUCCGAGUCGCACCGCCUGGCGAGAGAAAGCGUCUCUGGCUUGGGCCGCGCCUCUCGGGCGCAAUGUGCAAUACGGGGC